AUGGACGCUCUGAAGUCCCGUCUCGGUUUGAUUUUAUGCAUGUUAUAUUUGGUCAAGGCAUGGCUUGCGAUAUGGGCGUGGCGGAAACUGGAUCGUCACCUCCGCAACAAGUACGGGUUGGGUUUGGUCGAUCUGUUGAGGAAUUCUUUUGACGGAUCUGAGAGGAGCUUGAUUCCGCUGUUGCAGGACUAUCCCAUCAUACUUCCCGCGCUGCUUGCGUUAUGGGCUUGGCAGGCCCUGGGCUUGAGCUCUUUCUUCUCUAUGCUUGUUUUUGUCUUCCUUUUACGUUCUUGA